AUGCCGGAGAGCAUGUUAAAUGUGGAGAGCACUUUAAUGAUGAUAGCAACUGGAGAGUUCUCAAUGGGGGUCUUAGGAAAUGCAUUCAUUGGACUGGUAAACUGCAUGGACUGGAUCAAGAAUAGGAAGAUUUCCUCCAUUGAUUUAAUCCUCACAAGUCUGGCAAUAUCCAGAAUUUGUCUAUUGUGUAUAAUACUAUUAGACUGUUUUAUAUUGGUGCUGUAUCCGGAUGUCUAUACCACUGGUAAACAAAUGAGAAUCAUUGACUUCUUCUGGACGCUAACCAACCAUUUAAGUGUGUGGUUUGCCACCUGUCUCAGCAUUUUCUAUUUCCUCAAGAUAGCUAAUUUCUUCCAUCCCCUUUUCCUCUGGAUGAAGUGGAGAAUUGACAGUGUGGUUCCUAGGAUCCUGCUGGGGUGCUUGGCCUUCUCUGUGUUUAUUAGCCUUCCUGUCACCGAGAAUCUGGACGAUGAUUUCAGGCGUUGUGUCAAGGCAAAGUGGAAAACAAACUUAACUUUGAGACGCAGAGAUAAUAAAGCUCAAUAUGCUUUCAUCAAGCUAUUUCUCAACCUGUUAACACUAUUCCCCCUUUCUGUGUCCCUGAUCUCAUUUCUCCUCUUGAUUCUUUCCUUGUGGAGACACACCAGGAAGAUGCAACUCAAUGCCACAGGGUGCAGAGACCCCAGCGUGGAAGCCCACAUGGGAGCCAUGAAAGCUGUCAUCUCCUUCCUCCUCCUUUUCAUUGCCUACUAUUUGGCCUUUCUCGUGGCCACCUCGAGCUACUUCAUGCCAGAGACUGAAUUAGCUGUGGUGAUUGGUGAGGUGAUAGCUUUAAUCUAUCCCUCAAGCCAUUCAUUUAUCCUAAUUCUGGGGAACAACAAAUUAAGACAAGCAUCGUUAAAGGUGCUAUGGAAGGUAAAGUGUGUCCUAACAAGAAGAAAUUUCUAA